UCACUUCCUGCCCCCGUGCCCAUCCGGCUCCGGGGUCAGCGGCCGCCGCUCUGGCGGGACAGCGGAGAAUAAAGUUUUAUUCGGGGAGGGAGAAGCCGGCCGUCCGCUCCCAGCAGAAACGAGCUGCUGGAUGUAGAAGGAAAGUAGGUCGUGCGCACGGAAAAUGCCUCUAAGGGACAAGUGUUGUCAGACUGACCACCAUCACCAUGGAUGCUGUGAACCAGUCCAUCUGUUGGAACCUGGUGACCCUCCAUUAUUACAGCAGCCUCUGCAAACAUCAAAAUCUGGUAUUCAACAAAUCAUUGAGUGUUUUCGAUCAGGAACUAAACAACUUAAACAUAUCUUGUUAAAAGAUGUGGACACCAUUUUUGAGUGUAAAUUGUGCCGGAGUCUCUUCAGAGGGUUACCAAAUUUAAUUACUCAUAAAAAGUUUUAUUGUCCUCCAAGUCUCCAGAUGGAUGACAACUUCCCAGAUAUAAAUGAUAAGCAGAGUCAAGCCAUAAAUGACCUCCUGGAAGCAAUCUAUCCAAGGGUAGAUAAGCAAGAAUAUGUAAUUAAAUUGGAACCUAUAGAAACUAAUCAGAAUGCUGUGUUUCAAUAUGUAUCAAGGACUGAUAGCCCAGAAGAGAACACAGAAAGCAGUAGUACCCCUGAUCAAGCUCCAGUACAGAUACAGGAACCCAGCACUGAGCAACCCAAGACUGUUUCAGCUCCAGCCCCAGUCCCAGCUGGGGAGACUGUAGAAUUACCUCCUCCUGAUCCUGUCACAAACAAGGUGAUACCUACUCCUGAAGAACAGCCUCCAGCAGUGAAUCCUGAGUUGGACUCUCUGGACAAUUCUGAUUUUGGCCACCAGUUGAUAUGUUGCCUUUGUAGGAAAGAAUUUCAUUCCAGACGCAGCGUACGCCGGCACAUUCGAAAAGUGCACAAAAAAAAGAUGGAAGAGCUCAAGAAGUACAUAGAAACAAAAAAGAAACCAAAUCAGUGCUCUGCGAAAGGACGAAAUAAGAAUGUUCUUGUAACAUUAGGUAGAAGUUGUCCUGUGUGUUACAAAUCAUUUGCUACAAAAGCCAACGUAAGGAGGCAUUUUGAUGAAGUUCAUAGAGGAUUAAGAAGAGAUUCCAUUACUCCUGAUAUAGCUACAAAGCCUGGGCAACCUUUGUUCUUGGAUACAGUUUCUGCUAAAAAAUCUUUUAAGACCCGAAAACAAAAGUCGUCUUCAAAGGCUGAAUACAAUUUAACUGCAUGCAAAUGUCUUCUGUGCAAGAGAAAAUAUAGUUCACAAAUAAUGCUGAAAAGGCACAUGCAAAUUGUUCACAAGAUAACUCUUUCUGCAAAGAACUCUAAAAGAGAGAAAGGACCCAACAAUACUGCCAAUGGCACAGAAAUAAAAGUAAAAGUUGAACCAGCAGAUUCUGUAGAACCUUCACCCCCUUCCAUUGCCCUUUCUCCACAGAAUGAAUUAAAGGGAACAAAUCAUUCAAAUGAGAAAAAGAGCACACCGUCAGCACAGAAAAAUAAAGUUAAACAGGACCCUGAAAACCCUAAAUCAACUUCUAAAUCAACCACUAAAUCAACCUGUAAAUCAACUGCUAAAUCAACCUCUAAAUCAACCAAUGCAUCUGCUGCAGGUGGCCAGCAAAAAAACAGGAAGCCAAAACUUUCAGCUGGCUUUGACUUCAAGCAGCUUUACUGUAAACUUUGUAAACGCCAAUUUACUUCUAAACAGAACUUGACAAAACACAUUGAAUUACACACAGAUGGAAAUAACAUUUAUGUUAAAUACUACAGGUGUCCACUCUGCUCUUAUGAAACACGUCGCAAACGUGAUGUGAUAAGGCAUAUAACCGUAGUUCAUAAAAAGUCACCACGCUACCUUGGGAAAAUAACUGCAAGUUUAGAAAUUAGAGCAAUAAAAAAGCCAAUUGAUCUUGUUCUAAAUAAGGUGACAAAAAGAGGCCCUCAGAGGGAUGAAACAAAACAGAUUGGUUCAAAACAGGAUGUCACCUCUAAUUCUCCCAAUAAAAAGUAUGAAGGGGCUGAUGUUGGCAUUGAAGUAAAAGUAACAAAAAACUUUUCUCUGCACCGAUGCAAUAAAUGUGGGAAAGCGUUUGCCAGAAAAGCUUUUCUAGAACAUCAUAAGAAAACCCACAAAGCAAAUGUAUCUCAUUCACCUGAAGAAAAUAAAACCAAAGGCAGAAGUACAAGAUCUAAAGCUGUUGUCUGGUGAGGAAAAAGAGAAAGUGUUUUGUCAUUCUUUUUUUAAAGCAAAACAAAACCACUGCUUUUCUUUUGAUGUUGUUGAUUUAUUGCUGAAAACAUUUUUCCGUAGAUUUUAUGGUUUAGUGGCUUAAAUACUAAGGUAGAUGUCAAAUUUGUCUCUUAAAUUUUGUUUUUAGUGUUUUGGAGAAGAUUUAAUUUCUAAAUUUGUCAUUGUAAGAAGUUGGAAUAGAAUAUAGAUUAAACUGUACUGAGUCAACUCUUUAAAUUGUCUUAAGGCAUCUGUUGUAAUCAAGCUAAUAUAUAUACAUUUCUAAAAUAGUAAUUUUUAAAAAUUAGUAGUACUUUUCUUUGGUUUGAAUAACUUAACCUGUUAAUCUCUGUGACCCAGUUGAAGAAGUACUAAAGGUACUACAGUAAAAGCUGUUGACAGAAAAAAACCCUAUGAACUUAUUGGAAUUAUCAUUUGUGCAUUUUUUUUUUUUUUAAUUUGAAUGCGCGUUGCCUAUGCCCUGUCAACAAAAGGACGUAGAACAGUUUUUUGGAAUGUAAUUUGGAUGCCUAAUUGUUUUGAUUUAAAAUCAGUAUGAGGUAGGUGCCUACAAACACCUUUAAAAUUAUCAGACUUAGGAUUUGAUUCUUCCAAUGCUUAUUUAUAUAAGCACGGGUUUGGAGACUUCUGGUCAUUUAUUUUUUUAAAGUGUUUGAGUCUCAUCAAGAAUUUUUGUUUUAAGCCUAAAUAUGUGUAGAAGUCUGGCCAAGAAUUUUCUAAACUUCUGCUUAUAUGGUACUCUGGGAAUUUUUUUACAUGUGGAGGGGUUGUAUUCAUAGUUUCUUAGUUUUCCAUAGCCUUCAUGUUAAAGAUGGCCUAUUUUUAAAAGGACCUUUUAAAAAAGGAAAUAACCUACGUAUGUGGUCAGUUUGUGUUUCAGAAUGACCGGCUGAUGCUUGAACGUUGGGGGAUUGUACAAAAAAUUAUAAUGAAAAGAGCCAGUAGUGAUACCUAUAAGGGUUUUUAACAGCCUUAUUCAGAAUUAUCUUUCUAGCAUAUUUGGUGAAAAGACAACCAAGUAUAUGUGCCUUGUUGUAUAUUUCAACUCUGAAUUCCUAUUUCCCAAAAGGUAAUUUGAUCUGAGUUCAGCUUUUGUAGUGAAUUGCUACCCAGCUAUGUUAAGUUGUAAUCUGGUGCUUUUGUGAGUUCGUAACAAAUCCUGGCUAAGUGGGAUGGAACUUCAAAAAUGAACUGAGCUUCAGGACCCUGAAUUAUGCUGAAUUUAAGAGGAGGAGUGACUUCUGCAUUUUGAUCAAGAAUUAAAAAUUUAGCCUUGUAAAUUAUUUAUGUUGUGUAAUUUAAAACAGAAUUAUAUGGGUAAACUCAAAGUAUUAAUUUAUUCCCAUUUCUCCUCAGAUAGGUUCAAGUGAUGUUCGGAAAGUUUGGAGUUCAUUUGAAUGAAAAAAGACUUUAGUUUGUUGUUGGAACUGCUAAUGUCUUGAUAACAUUACUAUAAGGAGGAAAUAUUUUCAUAAGCUGUUGUUUUCUUACUAAAUUAAUAGCCAUUCUGCCUGCUUGUAGGACAGAGCCUCCUCCCAAAACACUGAAGUAAUCGAAAUGCACGUGUGCUUCUGAAUUAGCCGUAAUCUCUAUGCAGUUGAGGUUUGACACAGCAUAGAAUGAACUUUCUGAAAUGAAAAAAAGUACAGAGGCGAGUUAAUGAACAGCAGCUUUGGAGGAAGGUUUUUGUUCCUCAUUUAGGAAAUCAUCUUCAGAGAGCUCAUCGUGCAUACUAGUCCCCCCUGGUAGCGCUAACUGAUGAACAGCUCUAACUUUUUUGUGAUAUCCUACUUUGGCAAAUGUUGUGUUAUACACUGUUUUAAAUUUAUUACAAAUGAAUGUAUAAGAGCAAACAAUGUAGUGUAUGUUGGCUGAAUUGUACUAAUUUUUAGUAUUUGCCAUAACAUCAGUUUGUUCAUAACGACUAAUUUCCCAGUUCUGGGACAGUCUGAAUUUCACUGUACUGAAGUUGCUUAAAAGAUCUCCAUUUUGUUUCCAUAAGUGGUUCAUAGUAAAACUUUGUAAACAUCUAGGAAGUUUACAAGAAUACCCACAUUCCUCUAUUCUUAAAUUUUUUUAAAAAAAUUUACACAAGCACUUUAAUGAUAGUUGCAGUUUAUUUUUUCAGUUUAUUUUUUGAAAGAUCAACACACUAAUGUUAAUAUGAAGGUAGUGAAUAUUUGCUGAUGUAUUAUAGACAGACAAUCUGUGCACAACCACUUAUAAUGUUAGCUUGUUUCAUUAAAUAUUAAUAAAAAGGGAGGAUAGUAUGGGAGAAACUCAAAAUAUUUUUUUCUCUCAAGAUCAUGAAUGACCACUAUAGGUAGCACUUGACUUUGUAUAAUUUGGAAAAUGUUUUAGAUACCCUUUUUUUAACCUUUUAAUCAAGAUUGUAGUAAAACAGUCGCAUGCCUACCAUUAUGAAAUUCUUGGCAGGUUUCAUGCGUCAGUGGUUUGGGGGUUUUUGGUUUCAUUUUGGGGUGGUUUUUUUUAUGUUUUAGAAAAUAUUUUGUUUAGUGAUUUGUGUCAAAUUGCUACAAUUUGAAAGGUAUUGUACAUCAGAAGAAAUACCAUGUUUUUUAUAUAGGUUCACUCCCUUACUUAGGGAGGUGCCUCGUGUUCAUAUAUACUUUUUGUAUAAAGUAUAUCUAAAAAAGUUGAUCACAAGAUCAGGAGUAAAAAUACUUUUAUGGAUAGAGAAAUAUUUGGCCCUGUUAGUGCAUUGCACUAAAAAUACUGUGAAUGGGAGCUGGACUGUAGCUGUUGCUCAAAAUGUUCUAUAUUGAAUGUACAUGCUUUUGUUUGGAUAAAUGUACUGUAUUUGAUGGAAAAUAAAGCAGACUGGAAAUCACUUUUAAGUGUGCAUAAACAAAAAGAUGUCGUGUUUGUAAACCUGGAAUAUCUGUUGCUCCACAGUCAGAAAUUACAAUGUUUGCAUUUUUGUAAAGUUUUACUCUUUGAUCUCUGAAGCUAGUUGUUUGUAAUAUUCUGUUGUAAUAAAUGUGGUUUUUUGUUAUUAAAAGUUUGGCACUUGUGGAGUGAACACUUCACACUGAUGGCUGACCCUUGCUAUAUUUUUAGAACACACUGUUGAUACUGGCUUUUUGUUCCUUGUAAAGGUAUCUUUUCCUUAACUGAGCAAAGCUUGGGUUUAUUAUCUUUUUAAAACAAAAGUGAGUAUCAAUAUUGAAGGAUAUAGGCUAUGCUGGUUUUUUUUUUUUUAAUAAGAAAACAGGGUUACCUAGUUUUGCAUUGCAAAUAAUAUUGGUGGCCGUCUAAUGUUACUUCUUUUUAUGGUUGGAAUAUAAGAAAAGAACUGCCAUCAUCAUUGUUUAGUCUUUUGUAAAGGAAGACAUCAAGAUAUUUAUAUAAGUGCAUUUUAACUAAUGUUCCUGAAUGCCUGUGGAUUAAGAUUAGGAAAUUAAAAUGCAGGCGUAGAGGUAGAAUAGCUGUUCAUUUCUCAGCUAAUCCUUGGGGUUUCUGCUGUCUGUCCUGGGUUUGUGUGCAGUCUGCAUCUUGAAAUACGUGAAGGUGAAGUUACUCCUGUUUCAAAGGUAAGCUUUCUUCUAAAGGAUCUCCAGUUCUGUAUCCAUGGAGAUAAAACAGAGCUACAGAAUUGUUCUGUUCUACUUGAAGCCUUGGGUAGUGUCUGUCUUCUUAAAGAUGUGGCUUAAUAAUUUGCAGUUGCCACAAUUAUUUUUUUUUUAAUAUCUUCCCAUGAGUUUAAAUCUACUGGGUAGCUCUUUCGAAGCACAAGUCUCCUUUUCAUUCCGACUUGUGGAAUAGCUUUGUUUUUUUCUUUUUCCGGUAGCGAAAAUAAAUUAUUGGAUUAUGAUGGA